ACAGGAGGUUCGAGAGAACUGUGUUCGCUGGAGGAAGAGGUUCACCUUUGUGUCCAAAAUGAGCGCAAACCCCCACACCGGAGUCCUGGAUCCCUCUGUCUGCAGGUUGUCAGUCAGGAAGGAACUCAAAGGAGGAAAAGCAUAUACGAAGCUGGGCUUCACAGACCUCAACAUGGCGGAGUUUGCGGGUUCUGGCUCCACUGUGCGCUGCUGUCUGCUGGAAGGAUACGACACCAAGAACACACGGCAGGACAACUCUAUACUGAAGGUGAUAAUUGGGAUGACCCUCCUGUCUGGAGAUCCGUGUUUUAAGACGCCUCCCUGCGCAGCCAAAUCCAUCUCCAUCCCGGGACAAGAGCACACCCUGCAGCUGGACUGUAAGGGGGAGGGAACGGCCGAGCCCGGGCCUGCUGGGGGGGUCUCUCUGGGCCGAGCUUCCAAGCCUCGACCCUCCAUCAUCAGCUCAGGUCUCCUUGAUGAAUCAGAAGCCAGCCACUCCGGCCCUGCAGAAGGUUUUCUCUCUGGUCACUCUCGUAACUCCAGCUAUGCCAGCCAGCACAGCAAAAUCUCAGGUUACAGCACUGAGCACUCCUGCUCCUCCAGCCUGUCGGACCUCACACACCGCAGGAACACCUCGACAGGAAGCAGCGCCUCUGGGUGCGUGGCCUCCCCUGCUGACACCCCUGCAGAGGGCGACAAGGACGCCGGACGUCCAGAGAGACCCCCUCGACCUCCGCGGCCCAUCUUACUCCCCAACAGGCCCUCCAGGAGGAAGCAGGACUCGGUGGAGAGUCACCCCUCUUGGGUAAACGACACCCGCAUGGACGCAGAUGAUAUUGUGGAGAAAAUUGUUCAAAGCCAAAACUUUGCAGAUGUCAACAACACUGAAGACAGCAACCUGCGACUGUUUGUCAGCAGAGACGGAACCACUGCGCUCAGCGGCAUCAGGCUCGGGAACAGGGUGUCUGCCGGCGGGUACGAGCCUGUGGUGAUAGAGAGCCAUUAGACCUGGAGCAGGAGCAGUGGAUCGUGUCGUCUUCUGUCUCACUGGUUUCCCCGGAGCUUCAGCCGGUCUGAUGCCGCGAGGGGGAGAAACCUCGUCAGUUUGCACUUUAUGUGAAGUUUGUCUGCACUCCGUUCAGCUGUUUCUCUGCACAAAUGUUUCUCUCGUACUGCCUUGUGGUGUGUUUACCUAACUAGAUUUUGGAUGGGAUUUAGAUCCAAAGAAGUCUGGAGAUUUAAAGAGAUAACACUUGAUGGUAAAUAUGUUUUACCUGUAAGAUGAUAACAGAUACAGACAGUAACAUCAUACAUUUGUCUCUGGUUUUAUUUUUCUGACUGAUGCUCUAUGCUAACUGUAGCAUAAAAGGAGGGAAACGGUUAAACAUUACGUCUGAGAUGACUGAUAUUUUCUGUGUUUAAGUCCCCUUUUUAAUACCAACCGCUUGAAGUACAGUAUACUUACUUGUCGUAUACUUUUUUUGCAGUUAGUAUACAAAUUAACAAAACGAAAAACACUUUUUUUUUAUUUCUAAAAAUGUAAGACUCUGAAAUAUUUGUGCUUACUUUGAGCCGCUCCUCUAUUGCAUUUCAUUCUUUGAGUAUGAAUCAUUUAGUCAAUUAAACAAUGUAAAGUCACUACAGACCAAAAAUCUGCUCAGUUUUAGUAUCUUAUCUGUUUAAAAUGGAGCAUGCUUUCAAGCUGAUAUUGUUAGAUAAAAAAAUAUUGGUGUCUUGUUAGGGCCUGCGUUAAUUUAGGUAAAAAAGUUUAAAGUCGUUUCCUUUUCAGUUACUGUCAAGAAUAUUAUGUCACUGCUCAAAAACAAAUGAUUGAAUAGGACAGACUAGAGUUAAAUCCACAUGGUGUCCAACUUCAGUCAAAUUCAAGCCACUUUCAUUAUAAAUUCAUUACUCAAUUCCAUUUUUUUAACAGAUUUCUUUUGACACGUUCUACAUCGUACUUAGCUCGAUCCACUUUACCUUUCCACGUCUAGGUGGUCAUGGUACAUUUAAUAUCAAAAGGAUAUUUUAAGACUGACUGCCAGAGGACCAUCUGUGGAGAACAUGUGUGUGAGAAGUGACAGUAAUGACAUUACAUUAGAGCUGAAAGAGACAGGAAGUCAUUGCCGGCUAGCCCUGAGUGACUUCCUGAUUUGCUGGCGACAUAUGGAUGAUUAUGUUUCAUGUUCACCAACGGUAGAAACCUGGCCAAUUGACUACUUGAUUUAUUCUUCUGUCAUAAACUGUGUUCUUCCCUCAACACUUGCAGGAUGAUAUGUUCAUCAGAAGUCAUUUUUGUUAAAGCUUAAAGUAAAAGUUUAGAAAACCACUACAAAGAUGCAAAAACUCUGAACCGCUUUAGUUUUUUUGUCUUUUUUUAGUUGUUGCUGUUCCCUGUUGAUCGGGGAAAAGCAGUGGAACCACUUUGUGCCUGUAAAGUUUCUCUUGAAUGAUCCGGAAGCACCAGGAAAUCUGUGAGUGCUAGUGAUGGAGAGGAGAGAAAUAUUGUUUUCUUGUUCUAUGUUGUAACGUGCAGGGGAAUCCCAUCCUAUACUCACUGCAUGUUGCUGCUCCAUCUCCAUGAAGGAUGACUUGUUUAUCAUUUAGUUCUCCUCUCCAUCCGAAGUUCAAACUGAAUGUGAGGUCGAUCUGAGAAACACAGUUCUGUGGUACAAACUGUUCUGGUUUUAUUUUGAAAGACAGAGUUUAAUCCAUGAAGAGGGAUUUCUGCAGACUCUAAAAGUCUUUGUUGCCCCCUGGUGGAGCAACGAGUCUGUGCUCAUUUGGUGUUCACAUGGAUGUUUAGUUAGUUUGUUUACAGCUGUCUUCGGAUGAACAAACACUAAAGUUGUGGAGAACACACACACACACACACACACACACACACACACACACACACACACACACACACACACACACACACACACACACACACACACACACACACCCAGCUGGCUGGUUGAUGGGUUAUUUUUAUCAGUUUUUCCAUUUGGGUUUUUACUCCAGAUACUUUUCCACAUAAAGUAAGAACAACAUUUAUUUUUGUCAAGAGUCUUAAAGUCAAAUGUUUUCUUUUGUAAAAAGAUAAAAAAGGAAUAAGUCUUUAUUUUCAAAUGCAGGUUAAGUCCACUUGAGUUUAGUUGAAUGACACAGAUGUUAUUUGCCAAGAUUUGGCUCCAACUAAGGAUAUUCUACAAUCAUAAAGAGGGAUAAUCAGCACAUUUUCAAACCAGCAAAUGAUUGUCUAUUAAGCUUUAAAAAAAACAAAAAACUUUUAUUGUCAACUUGUUUCCUUUCAAACAACAAAUCGAAACAUUGCUUAAUUGCAUCCGAAACAAAUAAAAUAAUAAUUUUGGCCUUGUUUACAAAGAAAAUCGGCUUUUAAGACUCUGUUCUUCAUCUGAAAACAUACUUAAGGACAAUAUAUUUUACGGUGAAGCUUUAGUUUUCCACCUUCCACAUCUUCUUCACACUACACUGGUUGAAUCCAGCUCAUUAUAUAAAAGUUGAAUCACUUUUCUUUACACUACCUGUUUGUAUUUUUGCAUCUGUUUGUUUAUUAAUCACGUGAUUUCUCACCAUUUUCGGGAUGAGUCACUGACUGUAGUCUGAAAUUGGGUUUACAUCACCACAGCCUUUAGUAUUCUUUUUAAAGCAUUUAUUUAUAUAUUCUUUCCCCUUUUUAAUCUUUUUAUUUCUCAUUGUCUGGAGGUUGUUAACAAGCUAUGCACACAACUCACCUCCCUGAGUCUUUGAUUUUUACAAUUAGUAAUUCUAACAAAUUAUUCUAUUCCUACAAAGCUAGUAUAACCUUAUUUUAUAGAGAAUCUUUUUGUUAUUUCUGCUGAAAUGACUUUUAAACAAUAAAAAGCUAAUUAGAG